AUGGUCCAGCACCCUCUCUGCUGGCUUUGGCUUGUGGGGUUGCUGACGGGCCUCUGGGCCACCCCAACCUCCAAGGGCUGUCCUGAUAAACACUACAGGGCUUCAGGAGACUUGUGCUGCCAGAUGUGUGAGCCAGGAACAUUCCUAGUGAAGGACUGCAAUGAGUCUAUGAAGGCUCCCCAAUGUAGAAACUGUGUGCUUGGACUCUCUUUCUCCCCGGAACACCACCAUCGGUCCCACUGUGAGAGCUGCCGGUUCUGUGACUCAGGACUUCCUCCUUCGCAACUGCACCCCUUACAGCCAACACCCCAGUGCAUCUGCCCCAGCGGGUUUCGGUGCCGGGACGAAGAAUGCUUAGAGUGUGACCCCCUCACACCACACCCCCCACCGCCCAUGCGUCCAUCUCAGGGACCCAGAGACGCCAGAGCACAGGAGCACUACGAUGGGGUUGUUGGUACAGAGUUCUCAGAGAACUCCAGGGCAGCAGGAAUUGGGGAAAUCUUGGCGGGGAUGUCAGCAGACCAACUCCUAAGCCCGCAGGUCGCUGUGCAGCUCGAUUGCAUCCGCAUCUUUGUGGUCUUCGCUGGAAUGUUCUUUGCUUGCACCCUGGUCGGGGGUAAAAGAGGCCAUGCAGAGGCGCCCGCAGAGCUGGGAUCUUACUGCUGCCCCAGGCAGGAGGAGGGCAGCGCCUUCCCAAUCCAGGAAGAUUACCGCAAGCCCCGACCUGGAGUCUGA